UUUCAGGGAUACGGAAUGACUGAGGCAGGGCCGGUGCUGUCCAUGUCCCUAGGAUUUGCAAAGCAACCGUUCCCCACAAAGUCAGGUUCAUGUGGUACUGUUGUGAGAAAUGCUGAGCUCAUGGUUCUUGACCCUGAAACUGGUUGUUCUCUUGGCUAUAAUCAACCCGGUGAAAUUUGCAUCCGAGGCCAACAGAUCAUGAAAGGAUAUUUGAACGAUGAGAAGGCCACAGCCACAACAAUCGAUGCGGAAGGUUGGCUUCACACCGGUGAUGUUGGUUACAUUGAUGAUGAUGAUGAGAUUUUCAUAGUUGACAGGGUGAAGGAACUCAUCAAAUUCAAAGGCUUCCAAGUGCCCCCAGCUGAACUCGAAGGCCUUCUCGUAAGCCAUCCCUCAAUUGCAGAUGCAGCUGUCGUCCCACAAAAGGAUGCUGCUGCUGGUGAAGUUCCCGUUGCCUUUGUUGUGAGAUCAAAUGGGUUUGAUCUAACUGAAGAGGCUGUAAAGGAGUUCAUAUCCAAACAGGUGGUGUUUUAUAAAAGACUGCACAAGGUUUACUUUGUUCAUGCAAUUCCCAAGUCUCCAUCAGGAAAGAUAUUGAGGAAAGACCUCAGAGCAAAGCUAGAAAAUGGAAAUCAGAAGCCAUAGAGGCUAGAAGCCCACAUUUUUUUUUGCUCUCUUUGUGGCAAUAAAUCUUCAUCAUUUAUUUAUUUAUAUUCUAGAUCUCAUCGUAAUAUAUGUAUUGAGGCUUCACGGCACAAAGCCAAUCCGAGAAGUCAUUGUAUUGUAGUUGCACAUACUCCUUCAUUGUAAUUUUUUGUCCAUUAAUUGCUUGAGCUUCUCUAUGUCCAUUGGACUUGUAAUGUGAAGUGAUUUGAGAUCACUAAAUUAUUAUCAAA